GUUCGGCCGGUUACAAACAGGGACAUCGGGCUGAAAGUGCUUUGCAAGGCACCAGCGGAAGCAGCCCAGAGCACCGACAUUGUCGCAAUCCACGGCCUCGGAGCCCAUCCGGACGACGCUUGGUGCAAAAAUGACGGCACGACGGAGGAGCCGGAAUGGGUCAACUGGCUUAUCGAGGACGAUAUGCUGCCAGCAGUAGCACCCCAUGCGCGCAUCAUGCGAUAUGGAUACCAGUCGGAGUGGUUUGGGAAAGAGGCGAUGCAGCAGAAUGUGUCGACGGUGGCAGAUCGGUUGCUACGAGCCUUGCGGCGGAAAAGAGAGGAAUUUCCGUUCCGCCCACUGCUCUUUAUCGCGCACUGCUUUGGCGGGUUGGUCGUGCUAAAGGCAUUACUGGAAGCCGAACAAUACAAGAGCGAGUGGCCUGGCGUAUUUGCAUCGACCACUGGCCUGAUCUUCUUCGGCACUCCGUUUCGAGGGGCGGAGGGAAUGAGCCAAAUGGAGAUGCUUGAGGCGGCGCGGAGGGAAUAUCAUGAGGAUGAG